AUGCCACAGUUUCCCUCUGACCUUAACCACGACCUUGACCUAGCCUUCGACAUGCCGCAGAAUACCCAACGUGUGACACGUUCUCGGAAGGCCAAGAUUCCUGACAUACCUCUUCCCGAAACCCGCGCAAAACCUGGUACCAGAAAGCGCGAGGCAAAGGAUGUCGUGAAACCUCGUGCCAGUAAACGCAAAGCCAUCAUGGAAGAUGCUGAGGCUCCUAUGAGAGUUAUGAAGAAACCUACCGUUGCAAAUGAAGGAGAGGCUGAACCGACAGAAGCUGAGGUGGGCGAACAACAAGAAGAAGACGACGCUGGUGGAUCAGGAUCCUUACCUGCGGAAAACCCAAAUACUAUAACUGGUAGCGGUGAACAAUCCUCCAUCACUCUUCCUACGGAAUCUGGUGGACUCAGGAACAAAGAGAAUGGCGAUGACGUAGAGCACAUUGCCACUACUACUCGCGACAUGCGGCCACCUCAAAAACCAAGACCAAGACCCAGACCCAGACGAUUGAUUACUGGGUCAGAUUCGGAGAACAAUGACAACCAAGAUGAUCAAUUCCCCUCAUCCCGCAGAGGUUAUCGCCAAUUGCGACCUAUUAUCCGCGACGACAGCUCAGAUGCCGACGAUGCUAUUUUUAAAGGCUUCACUUCGCGUAUCCCUAAACUCAGUGACAGAAAGGCUGACAUCGACAUGGAGGACGCUCAGUAA